GUUUCAGAAAAUGGACUUCCAAGAAGACUUAGGACAGCCUACACCAAUACGCAAUUAUUAGAACUCGAAAAAGAAUUUCACUUUAACAAAUAUCUUUGUCGGCCGAGACGGAUAGAAAUAGCGGCUUCAUUAGAUUUGACUGAAAGACAGGUUAAAGUAUGGUUUCAAAACAGAAGAAUGAAGCAUAAAAGACAAACAUUGGGUAAACAGGGGGAAGACGGGGACGACAAGGAUUCAGUAACUAGUGAAGGGGGUAAGAGUGCAAAAUUGUCAGACAAGUUUUUGGACGACGAAAUGUCGAAAAAAAGUUGUCAGGGCUGCGAGAUGCCAUCAGCCGGUUUGUGCGGGACGCACGAAGAAAUGCCUGACAUAACCUCAACUAGAGGCAACAACAAUAACACACCAAGUGCAACAAACAAUAAUACUAACUUUAAUACUAACAGCAACGGCGCUAGUAGUGUAGGAAGUUCUAGUUCAUUCGAUAAAUUGAUGAAUGAAGAAGACUCUAGGUCUAACGAAGAUAGUGGAUCGCAUGCGUCACCUAGGAUAUCUAAGAAAAACUCUUCGACACCUAACACACCAGUGGUUAAAGUCGAAAGUCGGAGAAACUCGCCCAACACUUGUGAAAGGAAGAUAGCUAUGAGUAAAGUAUCUCCCAGUCCAAGUCAUGGCAAGGAUAGUAUUUUAAUUAACCAACACGAAACUGUUCCUAUUAAAAUUUCUGCUAAAAGCUCUACAAUUCCAGGAACACCUACUAUUCAUCCUAGUCCACUAGGAAUGCCUGCCGGAAUGAUGUAUCCGCAACUUCAACGUUCCUCGCCCACCACAGCCACAGCCAUAGCCUCUGCGACAGUGACAAUUCAAAACGUUCCAAACGCCGUUCCCUCGUUUGCGUCGCGAGGUUCAUCGUCCACCCAUUUUCCCAACCAGUAUCACAUGAAUACUCAAAUCGAUUACAGAUCGGACGGCCGAUCGAAACACUAUCCGAUGUCUCACAUGUACUCACCAGAGAUGUACAACCCAGAACACCCUUCAGUUAAUGACGGUCAACCUUACCACAGGGUGCAAGCUCAUCCUAAUAAUCUCGCACACGCCUCAAGCAGAGAAAUGUCUAGCAGGUUAACGGGAAGAUCUCGUCAAAACUAUCACCAUAGCUACACAAAUCAGCAACAGUAUUACUACAAUAAAAAUCAAACAGGCACCGAAAACUAUGCAAUUGGAAACCAGAAUAAUUACGCUCAUGGCUACAACAAUGAACACCCAGGUUACAACCACUACGCGUAUUCGGGAUCAAAUGUCUAUCCUCACGAUAGUGCAGAGUCAGUGAGUGGCCACAUGGCAAAUUCAGUGCCCAUAAGCCAUGAUCCCGCAUCAAAUUAUUAUCCCAAUGAGAAUAUUCACGCAAUGGCAAAAGUACAAAACCCAACAGAUUAUCAAAGUAAAGUUGGUUACUACGAGAACAAUACUUACGGCUCCAAUCAGAUUCCACCAAACAGUGAUUCAACAUACAACAUAUCUGCGGAGAUGUUUCCAGGAGGAAAUAAUAAUUCAGCGGGUAUCAUGACUCCCCCUACCAGCGUACAAACAGAAAACAGUGAUAAUUACAAUAACUUUCAUCAAUUUUAUUCUGGUGACUCGACACAGUCGCAGGUUGCUCCUCCAGGUGAAAGUAGUAAUAGUUCCUCGGACUUUAACUUUUUAAGUAAUUUAGCGAAUGAUUAUACUCCAGAAUACUAUCAAAUUUGAUUCAGUGCAAUGGAAAAUACAGUUUGCUGUUAAUGUUUUAAUA